UAGAGAUUGUGCACCUGCCUCUGAGAGGACACAACAGAUGAAAAAAAAGGGAAGGAUGCAAAGAAUCAUCUGACCUAUUUGGACAAUUUAAAACAAACAACAAAGAACAGGAAUUUAAAGAAAAGAGAGAAGUGCGGACAAGCUGUGUGAAGACUGAGGGGAGGCAUUGAACAGACAGAACACAAGCAACAAAGGAAAGCAGCUUUUGAGAGACAGAAAAUCCUGCACUUUCAUUGAAAAGAAAGAGAGAGAGCAGAGCAGAUGUACCAAACUGGCAGGCUGUAGAAAGUGAGCACGUAUCACCACAAAUUAGACAAACUUAACCAUCCGGACCAUACACUUCUGGGUGACAAGGAUGCAUUCUACCAAACUACAAUUUCUUGAGUUUAGCGUAGCAUCUGAUUACUGCACAACAUUCUCUUUAAAGCAGAGACAUUGAAGAUUGGAGUGAAACUGCUGCAGAAGGCUUUCAGCUGAACUCAACUGAAUCGGUUCUUAACAAGCAGCCGUUAGCACCUUGUAUAAGCCAGCCACCAACACAGUUUGAACUUCGGACGAAAUCAUCUCACCUCUCUACUUUCUCUCACUCUCCGUUCUCUUUGUAAUGGAGGUCUGAGGAUUCGGCAUCAUGCCAGUGAUGAAAGGGCUUCUGGCCCCUCAGAACACCUUUCUUGACACCAUCGCCAAACGCUUUGAUGGCACACACAGUAACUUCCUGCUGGGAAAUGCUCAGGGGAGUCGCGGGUACCCCAUCGUGUACUGUUCGGAUGGGUUCUGCGAGCUCACCGGGUUUGCACGUACAGAGGUAAUGAAGAAGACAUGCACAUGUCAGUUCCUGCACGGACAGGAAACGAGCGAGAGAGUCACUCAGCAGGUGGAGAAAACCCUGGAAGGACAGAGAGAGUUCCAGACGGAGGUCCGCUAUUACAGGAAGAACGGUACUGCAUUCUGGUGUCUGCUGGACAUUGUUCCUAUUAAAAAUGAGAAAGGAGAAGUGGUUCUUUUUCUUUUAUCCUUCAAAAACAUCACUGACUCAUAUGGCAAAUCACAUCCUGGCUCCACCACAGAAGAGGAUGGUACUCACAACAGAAAGUCCGGUCGAACUCAUCUGAGUCAAGCUCGCGAGCGUGGCCGCAGCGUCUUGUACCACCUGACAUGUCAGUUCACCAAUAGGAGCAAGAGGAAACUGCCAAAUAAUGUUUUUUCACAACCAACUCUCCCGGAAUACAAGGUCGCGUCGGUGCAGAAAUCCCGCUUCAUUUUGCUUCACUACAGCGUGUGCAAAGCACUGUGGGACUGGUUGAUCCUCCUCGCGACAUUUUACGUAGCAGUCACUGUCCCAUACAACGUCUGCUUCUCCGCUCCUGAUGACAGCGAACCUGACAACCCGGACUGUGACUCCGCCUCCAGAACCACCAUUGUCAGUGACAUAGCUGUGGAGAUGCUCUUCAUCCUCGAUAUCAUUCUGAAUUUUCGAACCACCUACGUUGGGCCUGCGGGUCAAGUGGUUUAUGAUGCACGCUCAAUCUGUUUGCACUACUGUACUACAUGGUUCGUCCUGGACCUCAUCGCUGCUCUGCCCUUUGAUCUGCUGUAUUUAUUCAACAUCUCAGUGACGUCCCUUGUGCACUUGUUGAAGACUGUGCGUUUGCUGCGUCUCCUGCGCUUGCUGCAGAAGCUGGAUGGUUAUUCUCAGUACAGUGCUGUGGUCCUCACACUACUAAUGUCAGUAUUUGCCCUGCUGGCACACUGGUUGGCCUGUGUUUGGUACGUCAUUGGACGCAAAGAGCUUGCCAGCAAUGACCCCCUGACCUGGGACAUCGGUUGGCUACAGGAGUUGGGUAAGCGUCUGGAGACUCCUUACACAAAUGGUACAGUUGGCGGUCCAUCUUUGCGCAGCGCCUACAUCGCUUCGCUCUACUUCACAUUGAGCAGUCUGACUAGCGUCGGGUUCGGAAACGUCUGUGCCAACACAGACGCUGAGAAGAUCUUCUCCAUCUGUACCAUGCUUAUCGGGGCCCUGAUGCAUGCGGUGGUGUUUGGAAACGUGACAGCCAUCAUCCAGCGCAUGUACUCCCGCCGUUCGCUCUACCACACGCGUAUGAAAGAUCUGAAGGACUUUAUCCGUGUGCAUCGCCUGCCCCAGCAGCUGAAGCAGCGCAUGCUGGAGUACUUCCAGACCACUUGGUCUGUAAACAAUGGCAUCAAUGCCAACGAGCUUUUACAUGACUUCCCAGACGAGCUGCGGGCAGACAUCGCCAUGCACCUGAACAAAGACAUUCUUCAGCUGCCACUCUUCUCCUCUGCCAGUAGGGGGUGCUUGCGUUCUCUAUCCUUGCACAUUAAGACCUCCUUCUGUGCACCUGGAGAGUACCUCAUUCGGCAUGGAGAUGCUCUGCAUGCUCAACACUUCGUCUGCUCAGGGUCUUUAGAGGUCCUCAAGGACGGCAUGGUGCUGGCCAUACUGGGUAAGGGAGACCUGAUUGGCGCUGACCUGCCUGGGAAGGAUCAGGUGAUCAAAGCUAACGCAGAUGUAAAGGCUCUGACCUACUGUGAUCUACAGUACAUCAGCGUCAGAGCGCUGCAGGAGGUUCUAGAGCUCUACCCAGAAUACGGCAGCCGCUUUAAUGAGGACAUACACCACAACCUCACCUACAACCUCAGAGAGGGCCAAGCCAGAUUCUCUCGCUCAACUCGACUCCCACAGGAUCGCUUUGAUGAUUCCAAGCUGCCGUUUAUUGUGGAGGCCGACCAGGAGGAUGAUGCUGGACACGACCUGGGCAGGAAGCCCUUGCUCUCUGGCUUGGGCUGUCCUUCAUCUCAGUCAAAUCUGAGCGCCAUGUUAGGGGAGGAGUUUCGGCACCUUAGCAUGCUCCGCCUCUGCAGAUCGCCCAUUAAAAGCUCCCGGGUACAAAGCCCCUCUCUUCAGAUGCCACCGCAUGAGGAACUGUCUCCAGCUGCCGUUCCCGCCCCAAGAAUAGACAAGAGCUCCUGCCACAGACCAGCCAAGCUGCUCAUUCCAACCCUAAAUUGUGUCAGCCCACUGGACCUGAGCCCUCGGGUUGUCGAUGGAAUCGAGGAUAACGAACAUGCUUUUCACUUCAAUGUUGAGCACAGUGAACCAUCUCCUAACACAGAGGUCAAAGACCCAUUUCAGGUUGGCGCAAACCUUCUCCUUGAGACAGAGGAGGUCAGACAGAGUCUCCGUCAACUCAAUACAGAGAUGAACCACUUGAACCAGGAAGUGUCCUCACUGACCAAGGAGCUCCACGAAAUGAUGCAAUUCCUGCAUACGCACGUGACCCCACCUCACUUCGCUUCCUCUUUCAGUCCCUUCAGCUCUUUCAGUUGUCAUACAUCAUCCAACUGUACCAACGUCGCUUCCUCGACCGCCGACUGGCCAUCUAGGCUGGCCUACAACAUGUCUGCAGGUCCUUGCCUGCAACCGGAGGUGUCUCUGAGAGAUUCUUUAGGAUCCAGACACACGUGCAUUUGCAGCGGGAGCCACAGCCAAGAAAGAGGCUCUGUCUUGGGGCAGGAAGGGGACAUAGAGCUGCUCCAUCAAGCUCCCAGUCCUCACUCAACUUAUUUUCCAUGCUGCCCUGACCAGGAAAGGGUUGCCACAUUAGGCGUAGAGAGUCAGCAAAACUCAUAUCAGACUUCUAAAACCACACCCAACUCUCCUUACCUAGGACAUCAUGUUCCCCGCAAUGGCGGGUCACUUUUAGGCUUGGCGGCAUUUCCGUCAAAUGUUUCGGUUCCUCAGGUUAGGAGUGGAAGUCCUGGAAACACAUUAUCUCUGUGCACCCACAACAUCCAGAGUCAGUCGCAUCCAUCUUUAAAUGCACAGAUGACCUCUGACCUGCAUACCAGGGCGCCCCCACCCAUUCAUUUAUCGGUUACACCAACCGGCCCAUCGGAGCCUCUUAUAGCCGUCAGUUCGCUGUCGCAUUCUGGGAUUUGUAGUUCCAGCCUACUGCAUUUCCCCACAGGUCCGAGACAGAAUGACCUGGUGGGAUCGAGUCCUGUUCACACACUUGAGCCCGUUGUAUCAUCCAAUGGAGAGAAACAGGGGAAACCAGGACUUGCUGGGGAGCGACACAGUGACUGAGCCGUCGCUGAGCAGGAGUGAUGGACAUAUUAAGAGCAUUCUAACAUACUCUUUAUCUACUGCAUGGAUAAUGCCCCCAUUUUAGCCAAAUGCAAUGCAUUGUGGGAGCCGUGUAUGUGGGUUAUGCUAGACACGCACGAUAAUGUGCAAAACCGUGCCUAUUGUUUCAAAAUCGCCUCUUUUUCGAUUCAAGUAGGACUUAGAGGUCUGUGAGUCAUGCCGAAUUGUAUUUAGGUUAAAUCUGUUUCCACUGGUUGGUUUCGUUUUAUUCCAUAUGGCCUGAUUUUACACUGGCAGUUUCACCGUGUAGGUUUUGCAUAAGACAGCGUCCCUUAGGACUUAGUCAUAGAUUACAAAGAGCCAGAAUUUACAGGCUGUUAUCACACUCCCAUCUUUUUCAAAGCCUAAUUUUUAAACACUUGUACCUAAUGUCAUGAUUAAAUAAUCAUGCAUUUUAUUUCCCUGACAUUUUCAAGUGUGUUAAAGGGAUAGUUCACACAAAAAUCUAAAUUCUGUCAUUUACUCACAUUCUUUCUCGUAGCAAACUUGUACGAGCAUCUUUCUUCUGUGGACCAUAAAAGAAGAUAUUAUACAAUGCAAGUAAGUGGUUAACAUAACUCUUUGGUUACCAACAUUCUUUAACAUAAUGUCUGAGGCCUUGUCCACACUAAUAGAAGGUUUGCACUUACGUCACAAUUUGGUCAGUUACCCAAGUGUGCGGCCAUAUUGGAGAUACUCGGAUGUAAACAAAAGCAUGGAUUGCACGGUUCAUGUACUACUGAAUACGUUCUGCUAAUUAAUGCUGUCUAAACCACGGAAAAACGUGUGGAAGCUGCUAAAUCAUAUAGAGAAGCACUUAGUAGGCAGGAAAGGGCGCAAUAUUUUGACAAACUAAAGUUAACAGGUCAUAAAUUUGAAAACACUGUUCUCGCAUUGUAGUGUGAACUGUGAAAACUGAGGCAUCUUUUGAAAACGAUGACGCAUGUUUAGUCAUGUGACACAUUGUAGAAGUAGAUGUCUAUGUUUAUAUACCCAUACUGAGCCUGUUAUGUGCGAUAUUUACUUUAACACUGUUGCUACAGAUGUGUUGCUACACUCCUCAUAUCACAGUCCUGAAAAAAUGACAGAAAAUUUACCCGUGAUUGCUGUUUGUGGAAAAUCAUGAGGGCAGUUGUGUUUUAGUUCAGACAUACAAUCGGGGGUGAGUGGGACCUGGACGCCUCAAUGAAUGGCGAGAUAUUUUCCUAAAUAAAAUGUCAGAAGAACUGCACGAAAACGUAUCAAAUCUGUUCCAUCUGUAUUGUCUCAUUAAGCUUUUUUGAGGCUUUACGCAUGCGCAGUAAAGCGAAUUCAAUGUUUUCUGAUGCUAGUGUGGAUGGAGAGUGUCAUCCGUUAUCAAAUGUAUCUGGAUUAACGCAGAUGUAGCCAAAAACGCAGUUUUAAAACGAAAACAGACUAGUGUAAACAGGGCCUGAGGCUACAUUUACACUAGUGCAUUUUCAUUUUAAAACGCAUAACAUUUGCUAUGGUUACACUCGUGGUUAACACUACCCUAGCGUGUUCGACCCUCGAAAAUGGAGACUUUUGUAAACGCUGACCCCGUUUUAGUUUGAAAUCUUUGGGGUUGCGUUUUAGUGUAAACGGACCAAAAUGGAGACUUUUGAAAACGAUGGCGUGGCUGCUCACAUUCACUCUGCGUAUCCUUAACAAAUGUGUAAACAGUGGCUGCGUCCGAAAGCCUAGACAGCUGACUUGCUGCCUCACUGCCUUAUCAGUCAUGUAUGACUUUGCAGGCAAUGUUUUUGCACAAAGGCACCUCAUGAAACUAAUUUCGGACAGGCUUCUGAGACAGCGCAACGGUUUAAUUAUCUAUAUCAAAAUAGAACGAAUUUUAAUGAUAACUAAAAUAUUUAGAUACUAUAAUAUUGAUUUCUCGCUAGAAAUAACAUCAAAAGUGCAAAAAGUUAGUCAGAAAUAUACAUUUACACACAAACUGACCACCAAACGCAACUUUCAGAUGCCUUUUUUUUUUUUUUUU